AUCGUCUCUCGCUGCUACACACUCACGCUCACGCUCACUAGCUGUCCGAGUUUGAAGCUUCAAUCCUGCGAAAAUGGCAGAAAUUGCCUACUGAAUCGGCGGUGAGUUUGCAUUCGAACGAAAGGCAAGCACAAUGAGAAAGCUGGUGGCGUUUCUUUCAGUGGCACCGUCUCUUUAACUUAUGUUGAUGAGAAGCUCUAUUGGCCACUGAUUCUGGGUGAAUACAAAAUCCAAAUCGUAGAGGUGAAACGCAAAACUACAAGUUAGCUGUGGGAGAAGUAAAUAAAGAUUGUAUUACAUUAUUUCUAUUCAAGUUCUGAAUUAUCAUUAAGAAAAUGGAUGGAGAUAACAGUUUGAAUAUACGUAAUUGGGGUUACUAUGAGCCACCUUCUCUUAAUAGCCAUCUGGGACUUCAACUCGUGUCUUCCAUGCCUGAAAAACCUCUUCUUAGUGCACACAAUGCUACGGUCCUGGCCAGUUCAUAUGGAACUUUCUACCAUAGAGAUAUGGGGACUUCACAGGUUCAUUAUCCUAUGGGGUGUAUAAGGGAUACUUGGAUGAACCAUAGAGACAAGUUUCUCAACGUGAAACCAGGAAACCCAAACUAUGCUGUUUCAGCAGACACUUCGGUUCACAACAUACAGAUGGUUCAGCCUACUCCCCAGUUGGUGAAGGAGGAACAAGUGACUCAAGUGGAAGAGGCUGUUGUUGAAAGAGAUAUUGUACCUAAUAAGAAAAGGGAAGGGCCAAAAUCCCCGAAAUCACCAAAAGCCAAAAAGGGUAAGAGAGGACCUCGUGCACUAAAGGACAACAGUAAUGCUUCUGUACAAAGAGUAAGAUCUGCAAAGAAGACUGCAGAAAUUGUUAUAAAUGGGCAGGAUAUUGACAUUUCGGGUAUUGCUAUACCUGUUUGCUCUUGUACUGGGGCACCUCAACAGUGUUACCGUUGGGGCUGUGGUGGGUGGCAAUCUGCAUGUUGUACGACAAACAUGUCAUUGUAUCCCUUGCCCAUGAGUACAAAGCGUCGUGGAGCAAGGAUAGCUGGCAGAAAAAUGAGUGUGGGGGCUUUUAAGAAGGUUUUAGAAAAACUUGCAUCUGAAGCUUAUGACUUUUCUAAUCCAAUUGAUUUGAGGACUCAUUGGGCUAAGCAUGGUACAAACAAGUUUGUCACUAUCAGGUAGAUGUAACAUCUAUUCCUCAAAUCUAGUUUCCUUCUCUAUCCAGCACGUUUUUCAUGUUAUAAAUGUCUGGCCUUUUACAGAGGCUCCGGAUGUAGUUUGUAGUUGAAUUGUCUGAGUCUAAUUUUCAUGCUUUUAGGAUUGAGGUUCUCCAUGUCAUCCUUUAUGCUUGUAGUUUAACAUGUAUGUGACUUCCAGAAAAGUUAAGUAGCUGAUGAGAAUUGUUUAAUAAAUCUCUUGUAUUACA